AUGUCUACAGAUUCCUCAAACACAGAUUCUACCAUGCCAGGCAACUCCUCAAACACAAACACAAAUCCUAUCAAACUUUCACCUCUAAAACAUGGUGCCCAAAUAUCCAUUAAACUUUUUGCGUCCAACUUUUUCGCUUGGCGCCGCCAAAUCAAUUCACUACUUGCUGACAUGAAAUGCAUAGGCUACAUCACCGGCAAAAUCGAACCACAAUCUGAGAUGAUCACCACCAAUGGCAUCUCAACAAACAAUCCUUCCUAUGAAGAUUGGUUCGCUAAUGAUCAACUUAUCGUUAGCUUUCUACUCGCUUCCAUGAAUGAACGCGUGUUUAUAGUGAUUUCUGGUAAACAACCGCUAGUCUUCCAAACUAUCGAAUAA